AUGGAUUCUCCCGCUAACAUUUUUAAUCUCUUUUUUGUGUUCGCUAUACGAGUUCCUGAAUCUGUAUUUCUUUACUUCGCGUCACAUUUAUCUCAUAAAUUACACAAAAUAAAAUUCGACAAGAACAACAGGAGUUUCUUCAGUAACAACGCUAUUACCGACACAGUCGCCACCAUCACUAAAAAAGCACCCCCACCAUCUUAUAGCGCACCACCAACACUAAACCAAAGAAUUCUAUCGACAUUCAUAAGAUCGGCCGAAGACGCACUAUCACUCGAAGGACUUAAAAAUUUAUACAGCUUUGGAGCAUGGAUCGAUACAAUAUCGCACGGGUUUAAUUAUACCAAUAAAUGGUACGUUAAACUCGAUAAUUCCGCCGGCUUUGAAGGGUAUUUGGUCGCCGAAGAUGCUGUCAAUGCAAGACUUGGUGAAGAUGUUGAUCGGUUAAUUUUAUACACACAUGGGGGAGGAUUUAUUAGCGGUCAUUCGCUAGUUUCGAUAAGUGCUUUUGUCUAUUGGAUAAAAACCUGGAAAGCUAACCAUAAUGCCAAAGUGCAAAUCUUAAGUCUGGAGUAUCCACUUUCUCCAGAAAAUCCAUACCCAGCCGCAAGAGAUUACCUAUUAAACUGCUAUCGUUGGCUUAUAAAUGAACAAGGUAUUAAUCCCUCAAAUAUAGUAUUUGGGGGUGACAGCGCCGGCGCAAAUCUCUCAGCUGUAGCAUCACUCCAAAUCGUCAAUUACCAAAAAGACGAACAUAAACUCCCACCUCCAGCAUCCCUACUGCUAAACUCACCACUUGUUAACACGGACACCAGGGCUGAAUCAUUCGCGAACGAAGAACUCGACAUCAUCAGUCUCGAUUGGAUGAGUAAAUGUGCAUAUGCGUACGCGCGGGGAACCACGAUGCGACACGAGUCCCCGGAGAUUUCGCCGUUAUUCGAGCCGGAUAUUAGUAAGAUGCCGAGAUUCUUUGCGAGUGUUGGUGAAUAUGAAGUGUUCCAUGAUGAUAUUAAGGCGUUUGCGAGGAAAGCUGAAGACCAGGGAGUUGAGGUCGAUUUGAUGUAUGAGCCAGUUAAUUAUCAUAAUUUUGGAGUGUCUUUUUGGUUGUCGAAUAAUGGCGCUUAUCAAAGAGCGGCGAAAAGGAUGGGAAUAUUUUUGUUUGGGAAAAAAUGA